UAAUCCUUCCAAUGUCCUCAUUCCUGGGAAAGAACAAGGUAUUGGUAUUUUUCUGGCAGCGGACACCCAUUUAAGGGAGAUUUGAUAGAAUGAUAGACAUGAGGGUUUUCAUUUUCAAGGCCUACCUCCUCUCAUAAGACAGCCUGAGUAAUACAUCAUCAGGGAACGCUCAGACCUCCAUGCCCCAGGUGGGGAUGUUGUGGGAGCCCCAGGUAAUACUGGAGAAGAGGGAUGUCCCUUGGAGCCUAAAUAGUACUGUUAUAUACACGGCAAAGGGGUCAAUUUAGCAUCUGCUGCUCUCUGCCAACAAUCUACCCGUGGGGGAGGGAGUAGGGAAACAAGGGGCCCAUCUGACUUGAGAAAGUCCAAGCCUGACAGCUGAAGGGUCCCAGAGCAGCAAGCAUCACCUCGCCUCUUCUCUUGGACCAUGUCAGCUGUCUGCUUUGGAUUGACAGAGGCAUCUGGCUUCUAAAAAUACCCUACUGACCAAGGGCUGCCUAUCCCAACUACAGCUGGGCAUGACUGCAAUCCAGGACUUCACGACUCCUUGCAAAGGAACUUUUCCAAAGUUUUCAGGCCCAAUUUGAGAAGCACACCAGCCCAUGGUCAUUUUCGACUUUGUCAGUUUUGCUGGGCGGUGAAUGGGACCCUUCCCAGGUCACUGUCCUCUGGCCUGGCCCAUCCCCGUCUCCAGGAAAAGAGGCAGAGGGGGGGUGAGGGCCCGGUGGCUGAGAGGGGGUAGGGAAGGGGAGGUGCCUGUCCAUUUAUAGUCUUGCUGUUGGGAUGUUGAAGGUGCUGAAAUAGCAGCGAGGACAAGGGACUUGGCUCAGUGUUAUAUAUCUGCCGAGCUGCCCGAAGCUUCUGAGAUGACAAUAGGGGGAAUGGAGAACGUGGAGGUCUUCACUUCUGAGGGCAAAGGCAGAGGUCUGAAGGCCACUAAGGAGUUCUGGGCUGCUGACGUCAUCUUUGCUGAGCGGGCUUAUUCCGCAGUGGUCUUUGACAGCCUUGUGAACGUUGUGUGCCACACUUGCUUCAAGAGGCAGGAGAAGCUCCACCGCUGCGGGCAGUGCAAGUUUGCCCAUUACUGUGACCGCACCUGCCAGAAGGAUGCUUGGCAGAACCACAAGAACGAGUGUUCGGCCAUCAAGAGAUACGGGAAGGUGCCCAAUGAGAACAUCAGGCUGGCGGCGCGCGUCAUGUGGCGGGUGGAGAGAGAGGGCGGCGGGCUCACGGAGGGCUGCCUGGUCCCCGUGGACGACCUGCAGAGCCACGUGGAACACUUCGAGGAGGAGGCGCUGAAAGAGCUGCGGGGGGACGUGGACACUUUCCUGCAGUACUGGCCGCCCCAGAGCCAGCAGUUCAGCAUGCAGUACAUCUCGCGGAUCUUCGGCGUGAUUAACUGCAAUGGUUUCACGCUCAGUGACCAGAGAGGCCUGCAGGCAGUGGGUGUGGGCAUCUUCCCCAACCUGGGCCUGGUGAACCAUGACUGUUGGCCCAACUGCACGGUCAUAUUUAACAACGGCAAUCAUGAGGCAGUGAAAUCCAUGUUUCACACCCAGAUGAGAAUUGAACUCCGGGCCCUGGGCAAGAUCUCAGAAGGAGAGGAGCUGACCGUGUCCUAUAUCGACUUCCUUAACGUCAGCGAAGAACGCAAGAAGCAGCUGAAGAAGCAGUACUACUUUGACUGUACGUGUGAGCACUGCCAGAAAGGGCUGAAGGACGACCUCUUCCUGGGUGUGAAAGACGACCCGAAGCCCUCUCAGGAGGUGGUGAAGGAGAUGAUACAGUUCUCCAAGGAUACGCUCGAAAACAUUGACAAGGCUCGCUCUGAGGGUUUGUACCACGAGGUUGUGAAGUUAUGCCGGGAGUGCCUGCAGAAGCAGGAGCCAGUGUUUGCCGACACCAACAUCUACACGCUGCGGCUGUUGAGCACCGUUUCCGAGGUCCUCUCCUACCUGCAGGCCUUUGAGGAGGCCUCACACUACGCCAGGAGGAUGGUGGAUGGCUAUAUGAAGCUGUAUCACCCCAACAAUGCCCAGCUGGGCAUGGCCAUCAUGCGGGCAGGGCUGACCAACUGGCACGCUGGCAACAUUGAGGUGGGGCACGGCAUGAUCUGCAAAGCCUACGCCAUUCUCCUGGUGACACACGGACCCUCCCACCCCAUCACCAAGGACUUAGAGGCCAUGCGGAUGCAGACGGAGAUGGAGCUGCGCAUGUUCCGACAGAACGAGUUCAUGUACCACAAGAUGCGGGAGGCCGCCCUGAACAACCAGCCCAUGCAGGUCAUGGCUGAACCCAGCAAUGAGCCGGCGCCGGCUUUGUUCCACAAGAAGCAAUGAGGACCUGCCUGGUGGGAGAGGGGCGCCGUGGCUGGGGAACUGGGGAGACAUUCUGGAGGUGGUGGGUUUCUGGGGAGACCCUUGAUGAGGAAAUCAGCGUAACGCUCAGCCUUGUUGCCGCAGGAAUGUCCUACUCUUUUUUCCCAGUGUCAUUUCGGUUCAUUUCAACUCAGUUUAAUUCAAUUUAACCCUAUCCCAGACCAGUCCAACUCCUCCUACAAAUAUUUAUUGGGAUAAAUAUUUAUAGGGAUAAAGAAGCUCCAAAUGUAGCUGGAGAGGCAAAAUGUAAACAAUUAAAGCACAGUGUGAUAAUAAAUGCAAUGGUAAACUCUAUGGA